AUGGCAAAGAUUGUGUUCGUUAUUAGAUUUAGUUCAGGUGCACGCUCGCACGGCAUUGUGGGAAGGAUGAGAAGCUCGGCGAUGCUCCUGCUGCUCACUGCAGCCAUUAUUGCCGGAGUAAGCGGAAGAAAACGACAAGGGAUCCCUGGCUUGAUAGCGAGGGUGACGGGUAUAGACGUAUCUAACGUGGACGUGAGCAACCUGCAGCUAGGCGGCGGUAUCGAUACCAGCUUACUACGACCCGCUAUAGAGCAGGCACUGCGGGAGCGCCCGAACCACCGACCUAACACGGCUGGCUCAUUCAGAAACUUCAGAAGCACAUACCGUAAGCGGUACGGCACGGCGGCCGAAACGAGGUUACGUGGGCGGCGGUAUGACGCUACGCGUCGCUUCGUGGAAGCGACAAACGGACGCUGGGUGACUGGCGAGCUGAACUACACAGUAGCGAUCACGGAGGAUGCUGAUCAGGGAUCCCUGGCUUGA